AUGCAGACCCCCCUAGACUUUCUGACAAAGGGGACUCGAGCAAACCCGCCCAGGCCGGGCUUCACGAAGGCUGAUCAGAAGCACAUGUACCGGAUGGGAAAGGUGCAGGAGCUGAAGCGCAAUUACCGCCCAUUGUCGGCUUUGAGUUUCGCAGUCGUCCUCACUGCCAUUUGGGAAUACCUUAUGAUAGCCAACACCGAAGGACUUACCAAUGGAGGUCUAGCAGGCCUGUUCUGGAGCUACAUCUGGACCUUUAUAGGGUUCACGUUUGUGGAGAUGAGUUUGGCAGAGAUGGCUUCCAUGGCACCCACUUCAGGCGGCCAGUACCAUUGGGUCUCCGAAUUCGCCCCUCCAGCAUACCAACAAUUCUUCUCCUACGUCGUAGGCUGGAUGUCCACGCUCUCAUGGCAGGCCGGCAAUGCAGCAGACUGUUUCCUAACCGGCACCAUCACGCAAGCUCUUCUCGUUGUGAACAACCCGGACUACGAACCUCAGCGGUGGCAGGGCACACUCUUCGUCUUCGCCAUGGUUUUUGUCCUCUACAUUAUCAAUAUUUGGGGCCAUGACUUCUGGCCGCGCAUUCAAAACGGACUAAUGGUCCUGCACGUGCUGGCCUUCCUCGCGGUCGUUCUCACGCUCUGGGUCAUGGCACCACACAAUACUUCAAAGGCAGUGUUUACAGAGUUCCAUAAUGGCGGAGGGUGGCCCACGGUGGGCUUGUCACUGAUGGUAGGCCAGAUUUCAGCCAUCUACUCGGUCUUAGGCUCCGACGCAACCGCCCACAUGGCCGAAGAAGUCCGCGAUGCUGGGCGGUACGUCCCGCUCUCCCUCUUCUGGUCCUACAUAGGCAACGGCUUGAUGGCCAUCGUCUUCCUCAUCACUUACCUCUUCGCCAUCGAUGACCUUGACGCAGCCAUAAAUGAUCCUUCCGGCUACCCCUUCCUCUACGUCUUCAAGUCCGCUGUCAGCAUCUCAGGUGUCAACGCUCUCACGAUCAUCGUGCUCCUAAUUGUGAGCGCCGCGAAUGUCAACUUCGGCGCCUCGACUGCGCGUCAAACAUUCGCUUUUGCGCGUGACAAGGGGUUGCCCUUCUCAAGCUGGAUCGCGAAGGUGGAUCAGGGGAAGGAAAUCCCUGCGAAUGCAAUCCUGCUGUCUUGCACGAUCGCAGUCCUCCUCUCACUCAUUAACAUCGGCUCUGAAACAGCGUUCAACGCCAUCAUCUCCCUACAGGUGGUCUCACUCAUGUUCACCUACGCCUGCUCGCUAUCCUGCGUCCUCUACCGCCGAAUCCGCUACCCAGACCUCGUCCCCACCGCUCGCUGGAGCCUCGGAAAAUGGGGCCCGCUGGUCAACGCCAUCGGUCUGGUGUACACGCUCUUUGCCUUCUUCUGGAGCUUCUGGCCCGGUUCUACGGCUAUCAAUGCGGAGGACUUUAAUUGGAGUGUGGUGCUCUUUAGUGGUGUGUUCAUUCUGAGCUUGAUUAUGUAUUACAUUCAGGGCAGGAAGAUUUACAGAGGCCCUGUUAAGCAGAUCAGGAUGGCGAGGCUUUCUAUCUAA